AUGUCUGAAGAUUGGGAUCUCUUCGCCGUCGUAAGAAGCUGCAGCUCUUCUGUCUCCACGGCAACUAUAAACACAAACAACGGAGGAAACUGUAAACAACAAGAUCAUCCUCCUCUUCCUCUGUUCACACACAUCAUCGGUGAAGACAGAGACAGAGAUUCUUCUUCUUGUAACGAGCUUCAAGAUUCUUGCAAACCAUUUUUACCCGUUACUACUACUACUACUUGGUCUUCUUCUCCUCUUCCUCUUGCUCCUCCUCUAGUUUCAUCAGCAUCUCCUAAUGUCUUAAUGAAACAAGAACAAGGGCUCCUCGAAUCACAAGAUCAGAAACUUCCUCUUGGUGUUAGGGCUUUUACACCUUCCACAACCAUAUCUUCUUCUUCUUCUUCUGUCUUUGUUUUCAGAGGUCAACGCGACCAGCUUCUUCAACAACAAUCACAAACUCCUCUUCGGUCUAGAAAAAGAAAGAAUCAGCAAAAGAGAACAAUAUGUCAUGUAACUCAAGAGAAUCUCUCUUCUGAUAUGUGGGCAUGGCGCAAAUAUGGUCAAAAACCCAUCAAAGGCUCUCCUUAUCCAAGGAAUUACUACAGAUGCAGUAGCUCAAAAGGAUGUUUAGCAAGAAAACAAGUUGAAAGAAGCAAUUUAGAUCCGAAUAUCUUCAUCGUCACUUACACCGGAGAACACACUCAUCCUCGUCCUACUCACCGGAACUCUCUCGCCGGUAGCACUCGUAACAAAUCUCAACCCGUUAACCCGAUUCCAAAACCAGAACAGUCAUCGGUUCAAACCGUUUCUGGAUCAAGUACCUUAAAAGAAGAGAUUCAUCUUUCUCCGACGACACCGUUGAAGGAAAACGAUGACGUUCAGGGGACAAACGGAGACGAAGAAGUCAACAUGGAAGACGAAGAGUUAGAUGAAGUCGAAGAAGAAGAAGAAGAGGAAGAAGAGGAAGAAGAAGAUAAUGACGUGGAUGAUCUUUUGAUACCGAAUUUCGCGGUGAGAGAUCGAGAUGAUUUGUUCUUCGCUGGAAAUUUUCCCUCUUGGUCCGCCGGAUCCGCCGGAGACGGUGGUGGAUGA